AUGGCUAUAGCGUAUGGGUAUUUGCAUCGAAAAGCGAGAAGAGCUGGAUCGAAUGGAAAAAAGAGCUGGAUAGUAUUUUUUUCGUACGAAAGUACUUUCGUACGAAAGUACGAAAGUACGAAAGUACUCGUACUUUCGAAAGUACCUUCGUACGAUAGUACUUUCGUACUUUCGUACUUUCGAAAGUACUCUCGAAAGUACUUUCGUACUUUCGUACGCACGACUUUCGUAGUUAGCUACAAAGUUAGAGCUAUGCAGGCUAGCAGGCUAGCUAGUAGCUACCUCAGGACGUACUUCCGGAAAAACUUCCGGAAGUACCUUCCAAGGUUCUGUGCGUUGUCCCAUAGUCUUAGGCCAUUGCCCGCUUCAACUUCUCCCGGCGUCGCAGGAGUUGACGGGGCUUCUCUUUCCGUAUUCGAUUGCAAUAUCGUACAUUUGUGUUGCCUUCGUUAUUUGCACGUUCUCUCUCUGCACGUAACCGGCUCGCUUAGAGAUGGUAUCACGAAUCGCCACGUCACUAUCUGCAUUCCCGCACUUCCAAACGAUUUAUUGGAAGGUGGUGGAGAGACGUUCCGGCAUACACUAAAUAGCAUUCGUGUUCAGACACUGCCUCCGCGCGAGGUGAUAGUUGGACUGUCGGAGUCAACCGCGAGUGAGGGAUCAAACUUUUGCCACGAAUUCAGAGAAAUACUGGAAGGAAUACCCCUUCGCAUCAUAACAACGACUUCAAAAGGCUCAGUUGGUGCGAAACGAAACCGGGCAGCAGUAACUGCGAGGUCCAGGUAUGUUACGUUUUUUGAUGCCGACGGAGAUGUUAUACACCCUCGGAGGAUUGAAUUGAUACAAAUGGCAUUCGAACGGUAUUCAGAUUCUGUUUUAGUAUUGCACACAUUCACGAGCGAGAAAGUGGUCGCAGCUGAAGACGUAGCCUCAUUUUCUGUAGUUUCCCCGAAAGAACUCUGUACUGCCAAUAAGCAGCCCAUCAGAAGCAAUGCCUUUAAUCGUCUAAUAGGUUCCGAUACGAGAGAAUGGCUCCUACCGGUCCUACCGGAUAUUCAUCAUGGGUACCUCUCUGUUCGAACGGAUUUUGUUUCUUCAACGCCAUUUUCCGAAGACUUCGAUGGACGCGAAGAUUCAUCUUUUGUAAAUACUGUCGUUGAGAAAACUUCGUGCUCUUCAGCUAGGUUAGCCUUUUUUUACGAGCUCCCCUGACGCUCAACUACGUGCCGAGAAGUUUGAAAUCCAAAAUAACGAAGAGUAGUGAAUAAAGGGACACGAGACACACGUUUGCGUCGCAUAUUCGGAUGUGUUUUGACUGUUCACGGGCGUUCUCAAGAGUGCAACUUUAGAGCGCCUCAAACUCAAUUCUUCUAAGCGAAAGAGCAAGUAGCUGCGCUUUGAGACUGAACUAUGUGCACGAAGGUCGUACUGUGACUCACUGUCCGCGAGUCCAGCCCUGAUUGUAUUUUAGUUCGAAGGCAAUGAUAUAUUUAGACUAGACUUAACAAGUUAUUAGCUAGUGAGAGUCUAGACACGACUCUUGUUGUGCAUUUCCUGUUCAUUCGCACAGGGUAAGGUUUGGUUUCCGACAAGGCGGAACUCGUGCGCGUACAACAACCCAAUAAUAUCUUCAUCUGCGAUACCAGAUAGUUCCCAGUUUAAUUCACAGUUGGUAUGUCAGAGAGCCCCGCGUUCUUCGAACGUCGGUUUAAUAGGUACUGAAACCUGCGCGCGUGCUCUCGGACAAACCUCGGAGCAUCUGGUCUCUGUAGCUGUUUGAAAUAAUCCGGCUCAAGAUGAUCGAAUAAGCUAACGCCGGCUUGCACUGAGCGCACCACAUGAUCUUUUUCAAAAUACUCGGGCAAGUUGUAUUCCUCGUGAGAAAAACUUUGCAUUUUGUUACGAAACGACGCAAGUGUCGAAAAGCAGUACGAACAGUGCCAACCGGCGUUCCGAAACCUAACUACUUCAGUCGCGCUCGUAUUUGUUUUCCGCAAAAGAGUAGAGUUUAAAGACACAUUUGGACCCGGAUGUUGCAACGCCAUCGGCACACUCCACGGUUCUCGCGCACGGGUAAGGUAUGAAUAGUAGAAAAGACCAAGUUCUAAGACAACCACGCGACCAUGAAUUUCGGGACAUUUCUUCAUCGCCACGAUUACUGCAGAGCGUGGGAUCUCGUCGACGUCGCUCAUGAUAACUAUAUCACCACGUCGAACCUCUUUCCCAGGCUGAUGUAAACCGAGGUCAAGUAAAGCGUUCCUGUGUGAUGCCUCCCUUUCCCACGUGCUGUUCCCGCUCAAAACAUCCAAAAUUAUGUGCACUAUCUUUGAAGAGACAGCGUUGAACCUGUCUUUAUUUUCGGAAAAGUGCAACGGCUUCGGCAUAUUCGUGAACGAAACCCGUGCUUCCACAACCACGAAGUAGUCGACCGCAUCUUUCAGUUCGUUUAUGCGGAUUUCGAGCAUAUCCAACUCAUCGUUGAAGAGAAACAAAUCAUAUACUUGUUGAUAACCGCGCGUGUGGCCCGCGGCUAGUUUUACGCCGGAUUUUGAACUCGACCCAGCGGCGGAAAGGCAGAGUCGCCGCGAACUCCAUUCAAAAUAUCGUUCGGGCAAGACGCGGAAGCACAGAAUACAAGUAAAUACACACAAACUGACGUAGACCUGUAUGCUCAAAAUCACCGAAUUGUUGAAAUACUUCUUCCGAAAAGGCUUCAUGCCCGCUCGAAGUAGGAGAAAAAACCUGCUUGCAGCAGAAUAUUUGACUGCCCCCAUUUAAAAGAAUGGCCACUGUGCAUGAGAAUGUUGGCCGGCCAUACUGACAGAUUCAAUUGCGAAAGCCACGUCAAAACUAAGACUGUGUGAUUACGGUCCGGACUUUUGUGCGUCGGUCCGGACCUGAUAUUUUUAUAUUAGGGCUAGAUAAUUUUCUGU